AUGAAUCUCACUAGAGAAUUCUUUACACAAAUCGCACGUAUUGAAUCUAAAAAUUCCAUUUCAACUAUUGAUACCCUUAUUGCAAUGUAUUCCAAAUGUGUUGAAUAUUAUGAUUCACAUCAAGACCCAAUCAAAUACUACUUUUUAGAAAAGAUUCAAUAUACUUUAUCCUAAGAUCAUACAAUCGAGCACAUUACCAGAAACUCUAAUCGAGCAUAAACAUCUAGAGUUUCUAUAUCUAAAUUGGAUCCAGAUUUGCUCAGUACUUCAAUUAGAUCAAAACAAACAAUCCACAAAAUUAAUUACCAAUCUCAACUAAAUCAAGAAACUCAUAAUCAACAACUUAGUACUUUAAUUGAAUCACAUCAUACAAAUACUAUUCAAAAAGAUGCACUUAUUAGAGAGAAUAUUCAUUAAUAAAAUUUGUAAUUCAGAGAACGUUUGAAGUAGAGACAAUCGUAAAGUAUAACUCGGUCGAUGAGUUAGUGUCCCUCUUAUGAUACAAUAACUUAUUAAACAUGA